UUGAAGGUGAUUAUCAAAGUAACUGUCGAUUCAGGAGUACUAAAAUGUCAUCAGUGUUCUGGAUGGCAUGGCAGAGGAUAUGCACCAUCACAAGUUGAGGUAUCCAACUGUGACAAUAUGAACAAUCAGUGCCAAACUCAACAAUUUUGUGUCAAAAAAAUUGAUCCCAUAGUGCAGUCACGCGGAUACGUUACAUUUACCAGUGACUGUUGGCAAACAAGUCAGAUUCAAGUUAGUCCAACAAAUUUAUCAACCGUUGUCAGCGGUCAGUGUUAUCCAUAUCAAGAAGCUACAGUUCCACCAAAACGAAAAAGUUUUGCCCAUUUCAUUCUCAAAAUAUCUUUGUUGUAUUUAUUUCAGUGA